UAGAAAAAUCCCCUUAAAACGGAAAUAAUACCACAAAACUUUCAUUUUCACUGUGUGUUCUGUACAUUUAGGUGUGGUUUGGCUCAUACUGCCUGUUGAAGAAGUUCUGGCGCAGUCUUUGCCUUUUGCUUCUUACUCCACUUCAGGUAGCUACACAACACUGUUUAGUUUGGACAUCGACAGAAGCAAUUACAACCCAAGCAUGGCUGGCAAACUCAAUUUCUACACAAAUGAUGAGGUCAGGAUUGUAAUGGUGGGGAAAACUGGAACUGGAAAGAGUGCUACUGGAAACGCCAUUCUGGGUCGUGGGUGCUUUGAAUCCAAGUUCAGUGCCGUGUCUAUGACUGUAGAAACUUCCAAAGGAAAAGCUACAGUGGAUGGACAUUGUGUUGCUGUCAUUGACACCCCGGGGCUGUUUGAUACCAGGUUUGAUGAAGAGAAAACUCAGAAAAAUAUAUGCCAGUGCAUCUCCUAUGCUUCUCCAGGCCCCCAUAUAUUCUUGGUGGUUGUCAGACUGGGCAGAUACACUGAAGAGGAAAAACAGACGGUGCAAAAGAUUCAAAAAAUCUUUGGCGCUGAUGCAGACAAAUACAGCAUGGUUCUCUUUACCCAUGGAGACCUACUUGAAGGCACCACUAUGGAAGAGUUCCUAGAAGACAGUCCAGACCUGCAGGAACUCGUGGCCAGAUGUAACGGUCAGUACCACGUCUUCAACAAUAAACUGAAGGAGCGCUCUCAGGUCACUGAGCUGCUCCAGAAGAUCAGAGAGAUAGUCCAGAAGAACGGAGGAAGCCACUACACCAACGAGAUGUUCCAAAAGGCUGAGAGGGCGAUUGAAGAGGAGAAACAACGCAUCCUGAGAGAGAAAGAAGAAGAAAUACGGAAAGAAAAAGAGAAAAUGGAGAGAGAAAUACGUGAAAGAUAUGAGAAAGAGAUGCAGGAAUGCAAAAAGAAAAUCCAGGCAGAGUGGGAGAGAGAGAAAAGGAAGAGAGAACGGGAGAUGAAGAAAUUUAAAGAGAAGUAUGAAAGAGAACUGAAGGAAGAAAUACACAAGAUUCAGUCCACAUAUAAAAGUAAAGCCAGAGAUAAAUCUGAAGAGUUUAAUCCAUUAUUUUUUGUGACAGUACCUCUUGAAACCACAGUUAAUGUUGCCCAUGAAGUGGUUAGAGGAGUUAAAAAACUUGGAACUGGCAUUGGGAAGAUUUUAAAAUUGCCUUUUAACUUGUGAUUCAUGCAUUGAAUGACUGUCAGGUUAGUCUUGAUCUUUUCAAAUAGUACAGCAUGACUGCCCCUCUGUAUCAUUGUACCAUUGUUUUCAACAUUUUUAAAUGUUGUAAACAUUUUACCACUUCCUGCCUUCCUGAUCUCACAGAUAGGAACAAGUUCAACUAUUUUAUUUGAGGUUAUUGUAAAAUUUGUCAAUUUGCAUAUAUUGCAAACAUUUGAAGCUUUUUCUUUUUUUCACGUAUAGCUAGCUUCUUUCACACAGCAGAUCCUUUGGACAUAUUGAAUUUCCUUUUAAUGUUAUCUUAAUGAUUUACUAGUUGAAGUACAUUCAUACUGUGAGCUUUUGAGUUAUUCAUAAUAUUAUAGUUCAAGAUAUAUCUGUUUUUAGCAUUUUUACAAACACAUUUAUGUUUUACGUGAAAUGAUUGGUGUACGUGUGGAUGUGAGAGCAUAUUAUUGUCUUUGGUCCUGUGAUGCACUUUCACUGUGCGCAGGAUGUACCGUCUCACUCUAUAACAGUGGUUAAACACAAGAAACUGAUAGUGAGAGCUCUUUGUAACUUCUUUUAUUGCCAAUGAUGUUGUUUUUGUUUGUGGGAUUUAUUUUUCUUCACUUGUUUGGUGAGUGGAUCCAUCUUUGUUCCAACUUUUACCUUCCCCUUGACUGAGUUGUUUGCAUUGCCUUUUGCCUUCACAUGUAUGACUCGCAGCCUGAAAAUAAACUUAGAUUUGUGGACUUUGUGCCAUGACCUCUAGAACUGUAAGUAUUGGUCCUUCUUUUUGUAACCUAGUUGUCUCCUUUAAAAUAAAUUUGUGAGUCACUGUCAUAAUUCAAA